ACUGUGCUAUGUCCGAACGAUAUAAAAUUUCACCUUGUUUCGACGCCGAACAUUUCUAGUUGACUGGAUCGCCUAUUGAAAAUACUGAAGAGGAACAGUGAUUGCGUUACAUCGGGAAUCCACAUUUUGGCCUUUGCAAGGUGGUACUCGAUGAGAGUAGGGAUAGGCCGUGUGAAAGACAGUCGAGAAUCAUGGAUGUUUCUUGUUCUAACUGGAUGCGUUAUCUUCUAUGUUGGAGGAAUUUUCGACAGUUAUGGUAUUCUCGUUGUGGUAUUCGUAGAAUAUUUCGAUGAGACAAACGCUAAAAUAGGAUGGAUAGGCUCCUUGAUGUACUCCUUGCUAUACCUUUCUUAUCCACUAUCUGUUGCACUUUCCCGUCGUUUAGGAUUUCGAGCAGUGGUUUUUAUGUCCGCUUUAUUGGCCACUAUUGGUUACUUAACCACGCCAUUAGUGCCUUCAGUAAAUUAUCUAUUUUUGUCGCAUUCCAUCCUUCAAGGAGUUGGUUUUGGUUUCGUGGACUGUAUUUCAAUCACAGUUCUCCGUGAAUACUUCGAGCGUUAUGCGGGUUUAGCGACAGGAAUCCGUUUCGCGUGUACUGCUACCGGGUCCAUGGCAUUCAAUUUUCUUAUUCCGAUCAUAAUCGACGAUAUUGGUUGGCAAAAUAUGUUUUACUGUUUUUCAUCAACGGGAGUUGCGCUGCUAUUUCUUGCAUUUUGCUACAGAAAGAAACCGAUAAUUUCGUCAAAUCGUGAAAUUUUAGUCCAAGAUGAGUCCAAAGUCAAGGAUGCCAGCAUCCUGGAUCAUUCGAGAUCAAAACAGCCGUCUUUCCUUCGAGAUCGAGGCUUUCAGUUGAUUGUGAUAGGUUGUACACCAUACUUAUUCGCCGUUGGUGUACCAUUGUUAUUUAUGGCUCAAUACGCAAAAUCGAUAGGUUAUUCACUUUCUCAGGCGAAGUGGCUCGUUGUUGUUCGUCCUUUGGGAUCUCUCGUUGGACGGUUUAUUGCAGGUUUAAUCGGCGAUUUUGCAUCCAGGCGAAAAAAAAUUCCGCAUAUCACAUGUACACUCGUCACCAUAUUUGGUUUGGCAACUGGAUUAUGUUCAUUAACACAGCAUUUAACUUUAAUGAUCUUGUACAUGACUGUCGUUGGGAUUCUUGAGGGAAUGUUCUGGGUAAUACUACCACAAUUGAUGUACGCGCUUACAAAUGGAAUAAAUUCAGACUACGCAUUUGCUCUAAUGAAUGUCGUAAUAGGCGCCGGUUAUUUGGCUGGGCCUUCUUCCAUGGGAAAGGUGUUUGACGUCACCGGAGACUUUCGCAUAGUUCUCUAUAUCGUUUGUGUAUGUGGUCUCGUUGCCGGUGUUAUAAUGGUUUUUGGGAUAUACGUACGCUCGAAGGCUUUAGACAGGAGCGAGAUGCGACCUGGAGAGUAUGAUACAACAACGUCUUUGUCAACUGAAACCCUAAAAUUGAAGUAUACCAAUAUUAGUGGGCGAAUACAGCAAAAACAAUUAUCAGGAAGUAACAAGCAUGCAAUGAUGCAAUACGAAACUACUGUUUGAGAGGUGUUCUUUCAGGGAGUGUUUAUACUGCAUGAUCUUACUUGUUUACUUUCACCGUCGUCUUGUCUACACACGAGACACGACAAAGGUGAAGACGUGGAGAAAUUUCAGUGAACUUGUGAAGUAAACUUGCAAUUUCAAAUAAACUAUACUCUGCAUCAAAUGUGGUAUAACAACUGCCUAAAUUAAUAGACA